AUGAGUAACAAAAAGUCGGUCGAGGCAAAGAAGCGAUCCUUGCAAGAUACAAAGAAUGUGUUUCUUUUUGUCCCUAAUUUAAUUGGUUAUACGCGGAUUAUUCUCGCUUCUUUAUCACUAUAUUAUAUGCCAUGGCAUCCGAAAGUCUGCGUCACACUUUACGGUAUCUCUUGUCUUCUCGAUGCUGUCGACGGCAAUGCAGCACGGUAUUUUGACCAGUGUAGUAAAUUUGGUGCAGUACUCGAUAUGGUGACCGAUAGUUCGCAUUAUAUGCACAUGUACAGUUCCAUGACGGCGGGUUCAUCGAGCCAUAAGAAAAUCUCGGAAUCGGAAAGCUGGUACUUGCGACUUUAUUACAACAACAAUGUGGUGCUGUUUAUCAUGUGUGCCGGUAAUGAGCUUUUCUUUGUGACGCUGUAUGUGCUGAAAUUCUUUGGUCCCAUCAACGCAACGUGGUGCCUUGUUUUGGCGGUUUCUGGUAUCAUUUGUUUCCUCAAGCAAUUUAUCAAUGUCGUGCAAAUCGUGAAUGCCAGCCGAAUGCUUGCCAGCAUCGAUAGGGAAGAGCGAACCAAGGCGUUGAUCGCCAAAAAAUCCUGA